AUGUCUACACGCCGCUAUCGAUCGGCUGCUGCUUGUCAAAAUUGCCGUCGGCGCAAAGUCCGCUGUAGCGUGACGGUGACCGGAAUCCCUAUACACGAGAGACAUACACGUCGGGCUGCGUCUAUCAUUAGCAGCCCGCCUCGCGCAGAUUCCAAUGAAUUGAUACCACAGUCUUCACUUCCACUCGAUACAUUCGCGAAUGUACCACCUUCCCAUAAUAUAGACCGCUCUGAGCUGGCUGGUAUGAGAAGUGUCUCUAAUCCGCCGGAUUAUUCUCGGCGUCAGGGUGAAGAGCGGACUGGCGUUGAAAUCGCAACCAAAGUCCUCGGGAAAAGCAAAAACCCUGGCCAAGCGCCAUUCUACACUGGUCUGUAG